AUGUAUCUCCGCAGAGUGAUUUCCAAGACCCUGGCGCUGUCUCUGCGGGUACCCCAGAGCCCAGCGACUUUCCGGAAGGAAGCAUCUCUUCGGCAGAUGUCAUCUAGCAAAUUUCCUGGAUCAUCUGGAUCAAAAAUGCUAUAUUUUCUGGUUGUAGGUGUCACAGUCAGUGCCGGCGGAUAUUAUGCUUACAAAACAGUCAGAUCAAAACAGUCCAAAUACACAGAUCGUAUGACCAAUUUCAAAGAAAAAAACAAACCAAAGCAACAGCCACUUCAAGGUGAAGAAGAGAAUCCCAUGGAAGCAGAGAAAGCAAGUUCCGAAGCCUCUAAAGUAUCUGUCCUGGAAGCAGAGGUUGUAGGUGGUGAAGAAAUUUCAGGUUACACAGAUGCCGUCAUAGUAGGAAACCCAGUUUGUCCAGAAAGUGUGGGCACUGCGCUGAUGGAGAUGGCAGCAGUUGGUGCGGACAUAGGGCCAGAGGGAACAGAUGGACCCACAGGUGAAACCACAAAAGUCAAUGCCAACACAAGCCCAGGAAUUACAAAGGCAUCUCCAUAUGAGGCUGUUGUCAGUAAUGACAACAGUAAUGACAAUAGUAAUAACAAAGAUAUAACAAAGAAGGAAAGCUCUGAUGAACAUGCUGAACUAGAAAAAGAAAUUUCUACAGCUGAGUCUGGAUCUUUUGUUGAGGAUAUUUUACAGGAAGAACCCAGUGUUGGUUCUGAGGGUGUCUCAUCUUAA